GACUCCAUUCAGAAAGAUUAGAGAAACAACAAGAAACCUAUUAAUUCACUUCUUUUUUUCUAUAAACCCUAGGAAUAAAACUCCCUUAAAUUUUUUCUUUCCAAUUAAUUGGAAUAUAGCUAGGGAAUGCAGAAAGAUGAAAUUCUCUCCGUUUUCUAAUCCCCUUUUGGUUGCAGGAAAAUCCCAAAUUCCAGUCACUAGUGGCCGGAAUUGUCACCGGAAACACGUUGAAGACGGGUAAAUAUUUUAUAUUUUUAUAACAUAAACAAAUACCUUUUGCGAUCUUUAGUCUAUUUUCCAACCAAAAAAAAAACGUAGUUUUUUUGUUCCAAAAAGAAUGGCACCUGAGGAGAGAUGUGCAGCUUUGCAUGGGAAAUACGAACUAGGACGUCUUUUAGGUCAUGGUACAUUCGCGAAAGUUUACUGUGCACGUAACGUGCAAAAUGGCAAAAACGUUGCUAUGAAAGUGGUAGGCAAAGAAAAGGUGAUUAAAGUCGGUAUGAUGGAGCAAAUCAAACGUGAAAUCUGCGUUAUGAAGAUGGUGAAAAAUCCGAAUAUAGUCGAGCUCCACGAAGUCAUGGCAAGUAAAACAAAGAUUUACUUCGCCAUGGAGUUCGUUAAAGGAGGCGAGCUUUUCGCGAAAAUCGCGAAAGGCAGGUUAAGAGAGGAUGUGGCUAGAGGCUAUUUUCAGCAAUUAAUCUCAGCCAUUGAUUUCUGUCAUAGCCGUGGGGUUUAUCAUAGAGAUUUAAAGCCUGAAAAUUUGUUGUUAGAUGAAGAAGGGAAUCUUAAGGUAACUGAUUUUGGGCUAAGUGCAUUUACUGACCAUUUAAGACAAGAUGGCUUGUUGCAUACAACAUGUGGGACCCCUGCUUAUGUUGCUCCUGAAGUUAUAGGUAAAAAAGGCUAUGAUGGUGCAAAAGCUGAUAUUUGGUCAUGUGGUGUAAUUCUGUAUGUGUUACUAGCCGGUUUUUUACCAUUCCAUGAUGAAAAUAUCAUGGCUAUGUAUAAAAAAAUUUACCGGGGUGAUUUCAAAUGCCCACCUUGGUUUUCAUCAGAAGCAAGGAGAUUGAUCACAAAGAUGUUGGAUCCUAACCCGAAUUCAAGAAUCACCACGUCGAAAAUCAUGGAUUCGACGUGGUUCAAGAAAUCCGUGCCAAAAACCCUAAGGACAAAAGAGGAAGAAGAAUUUAUCACGAUAAGUGAUCACAAUUGCAAGGGUACUGAGGAAGUUGAGACGUUAAAUGCAUUUCACAUAAUUUCGUUAUCUGAAGGGUUUGAUUUGUCACCCUUAUUCGAGGAGAAGAAGAAGGAGGAGAAGGAACAGAUGAUAUUCGCGACUACUAGGCCAGCUAGUAGUGUGAUUGAGAAAUUAGAAGAAGUGGCGAAAAUUUCGAAUUUUAGUGUGAAAAAAAGUGAUGGUUGUGUUAGGUUGCAAGGUCAAGAGAGUGGUAGGAAGGGUAAAUUGGGAAUUAAUGCUGAUAUUUUUGCUGUGACAAAUUCAUUUUUGGUUGUAGAAGUGAAAAAAUCUAGUGGUGAUACCUUGGAGUACAACCAAUUCUGCAGCAAAGAGCUUAGGCCUGCACUUAAGGACAUUGUUUGGACUUCAGCAACAACAGAGAAGAAUUCUACACUUGCUUGAAGAUAAAUAAUAAGGUGUAGAUUCAGAUUUAAAAUUCCCAAUAUUGGGAAUUUUUUAUUAGUUUGUUUAUGUGUAUUGUUACUGUUUUUCAUGUUAGAUUAUUAAUUUAGAGGCUGAAUGUCAAGAAAGUUCUUGAA